GCCGCCGCCGCCGCUCCGGGAGCCGCCCGCACGCCCUCCUGCCCGCCCGGCGGCCCGACCCGCCGCGGCGCUCCGCACCGCACGCAGUUACUCUCAACUGAGUGAGGAGCAGCCAGCAGCAGCUCUCUUGAGCUCUAACUCCUGCAUUCCUCCUGAGCUUCUCCCCUGAUGAGUCCAGGGCCCUGGGCAGCAAAGCAGGUUUGGGCGCUGCGCAGCGGGGGCCGGCGAGCGGAGGGCAGCGGAGCGCAGGCGGAGCCCGGGCCGGCCGCCGCCGCGGGGCGGUUGAACGGCAACUUUUGAUUUGAAGGAAGAAGUUGAGCUCCCGCAGGAGACCGCGGCGGAGAUCCUCGGCGCCGGGAGCCGCUGUGCCAAAGUGGCGGAGGAGGGAGCGCGGAGCGCUGGGGCUCGCAGGGGCCUGGCUGCCGGCCCCUCGCCCCCUGCCCGGAGCUGAGCGGCUGCUGCCGGCUGGCAGGAGGAGAACUUGGCUGCUGGGACCUGCUGCCUGCUUUGCCCUGAGCAGAAGGAUGCCCACCCGAAUAUGAAGUGAAGGCUCUCCUAUGCCGGCGCCUGGAUGCUGGUGCGGGGCGGUCAGGGCCCAGGACUCUGCUCUCGCCAAGCCUCUUCCUCGGUCAGGAUGAAACCAGGGAGGAGUUCGGGCGCGGCCUGGAGGCGCGGCGCGCGCUGCCCGGCGUGAAGGCCGUGCCCCCGGCCGCCCGGCGCGAUGAAGGAAGUGGCGUCGUGGUCGCCGCGGGAGGUGUCCGGCUGGCUGGCGGAGAACGCCCUGCCCGAGUACUGUGAGGCCCUGCGGGGCUGCGGCGGCAGGGACCUGAUCCGCCUCACCCGCGAGGACUUCCAGCGGACGCCCCUCUGCCGCGUCUCCUCGGACGGCGGGCAGAGGCUGCUGCAGCUGAUCGAGGGCCUGAAGAUGGCUCACCACAUGGAGGCCCACCGCAACGGGCACGCCAACGGGCACGCGGGGCGGCCCCAGGGCCUGCCCGCGCCCAACGGGCUGCCCAAUGGCUACAGCAAGGAGAUGGUCAGGAUCCCCAUGCCCGAGCCUGAGCGCUCGCAGUACCCUGCCGAGUGGGGCAAGACCCUGGUGGCUUUCCUUUACGCCCUCUUUUGUUUCGUCCUAACCACGGUGACCAUCUCAGUGGUCCAUGAACGAGUGCCUCCCAAGGAGGUGCAGCCUCCCCUGCCCGAUGCCUUCUUUGACCGCUUCGAUCGGGUGCAGUGGGCCUUCUCCAUCUGCGAGAUCAAUGGCAUGAUCCUGGUGGGGCUCUGGUUUGUGCAGUGGAUCCUCCUCAAAUACAAGUCCAUAAUCAGCAGAAGGUUUUUCUGCCUGGUUGGCACCCUGUACCUGUACCGCUGUAUCACCAUGUACGUGACCACGCUCCCAGUGCCUGGCAUGCAUUUCAAGUGCUCUCCAAAGCUGUUUGGAGACUGGGAGUCGCACCUGCGGAGGAUCAUGAAGCUGCUUGCUGGGGGAGGCUUGUCCAUCACAGGAUCCCACAACAUGUGUGGUGACUACCUGUACAGCGGCCACACCGUCAUCCUAACCCUCACCUACUUGUUCAUCAAAGAGUAUUCCCCGCGGCGGCUCUGGUGGUACCACUGGCUGUGCUGGGCACUCAGCAUGCUGGGCAUGUUCUGCAUCCUCCUUGCUCAUGACCACUACACUGUGGACGUGGUGGUGGCUUACUACAUCACUACAAGACUUUUCUGGUGGUACCACACGAUGGCCAACCAGCAAGUGCUAAAAGAAGCUUCCCAAACUAACCUCCUGGCCAGGGUCUGGUGGUACAAGCCCUUCCAGUACUUUGAAAAGAAUGUCCAAGGCAUUGUACCUCGCUCCUACCACUGGCCAUUGCCCUGGCCGGUGCUGCAGCGGGGCCGGCAGGUGAAGUACAGCCGGCUGGCCACGGCCACGUAACGACCGACGGACGGACAGACAG